UAUCUUUCGACUGUUUGGUGUCUUGGAGUUUGAAAACCUAAAGAUAUGGAUUGACAUCGAAGGCGCCAGAGGAGCAUGGAGAAUGAUGAAUUUCCGUCAGAGGAUGGGAUGGAUUGGUGUGGGACUAUACUUGUUGGCUAGUGUGGCUGCAGUAUACUACAUGUUUGAGAUCAACCAGACAUACAGUCGCCUAACACUGGCAAAUGUGGAGAAGGUGUCGGGGAACACUGCUUCUACCACCCCCCCUUCACCUUCAUGGACACAAAGCCUAAAAAACCGUCUCCUCCUACUGCCUUUCUGGGUGUGGGCUACUAUCUUCUUGAUUCCCUACCUCCAGGUUUUCCUGUUUCUUUACUCAUGCACUCGGGCCGAUCCCAAGACAGUAGGCUACUGCAUCCUGCCUAUAUGCCUGGCAGUUCUCUGCAACCGCCACCAGACCUUUGCCAAGGCAUCCAAUCAGAUCAGCCGACUGCAGCUGAUUGACACCUAACGUGACCAGUCUUUUCACAGGAGAACUUGAUGUGUUUUCUCCGAGGCACAUAAAAGCCGAAAAGUGCAGUUGCGAACCAGGCCUGUUCACUCCUGUCACAGACUCUGCAGUCUUGGCAUUCCUCUAUGUGUAAUUAAGGGAGCAUUAGUA